AUGUCAAAGAAAGACAGUCUUUUUGGUCUUUUUCCCAAGAUCUCAAGCAUCCUGUUUAUCGUGUUAUUGUAUGGGGCUAAGGGCGUACAACAAUAUUCUUUUGGACACUUUUCUUCCAUGAAGUGGAACUUGAUCCCAAAUGAAAAUAUAUUUGCUAUUUAUAUCCGGAUUAUUGGAAACGAUCUCCCCCCAAGACAUACCCAUGAGCAGACAAUUCUAAAUCUAAAGUUCGUAUUGGAACACGAAUCAGAUUUUUCCUCAUUGCGAAUAUACAAGUUUUGGAUCCUAAAUAGAAUAUUUGAUAACGCCAAAAGAAAAAGAAUCGAGUCGCUUUUGACAGAAUAUAAUCAAGCGUACAGAAUCAUCCCCUUCGACUAUGAGGUGUACAAAAGAUCUGCUUUUGAUGUAAACAAAUUCCAGAUCACCGAUUUUCUGCAUUCCCCAUUGUUUUUCCGACUCUCGCCAGCCACGAGGUUAAGCGGCAUCGACCACAUUUACCAUUCCAAAAACUUGUAUGCCAUUAACAACAAUGGUGGGAGAAAUGUUGCAAUCGAAUUGGGUAAAACUAUCAAUGCCACGUGGACAAUGGUCUUUGAUGGAAAUUGUUUUAUGACGCCCGAGUCGAUGGACCAAUUAAGCAAGGAGCUGCAUAAGAAUAUUGCAAGCUUUCCGGAUUCGCAAUCUUAUUUCGUGCUUCCAAUGGUUAGGAUGCUCAACAACAGCAUGCUUUUGGAUGAUGAAAAGGUAAAGUUCAUCAACUCUUCCUCUGCCUUUGGUGAGCCGCAAGUUAUAUUUCGAAGUGAUUCAAAUUUAACGUUCCAUCCAAAUUUUAGAUAUGGAAGAAGGCCGAAGCUUGAUCUGCUUUGGAGACUUGGUUUCCCCCGAAAUAACACGCUUUGGCAUCUGUCUCCAUGGGAAGAAAUCAAGGUAAAUAGCUAUUCCGACUCUGGACCAACUCUGUUUAAGAUGUCUCAACAUUCCUGGGUUGCCCGUCUUUUUUCUGGAAAUUCAAUCCAAGAAUUAUCUAAUGGGGAAUCUAGUAAGUUGAGAAAUACGAACAGAAUUAAGGGGAUCCACUCAUUUAUCAAUAACAUCAGCAGCUUGCUAAUUGGCCACUCUCUGGCCAAUCAGUCAAAUAUAAGCUGCAGCUUUUCAAGCGCAAAGAAACUGCCCCCCCUUCUCUUUGACCUUAAAGGUCUGGAAAAACUGAAAGUGGAAUAUGAAAGUAAUCCCAGAUUCUGGUCGAUACCGGUGUCAAACCAAUCAAAGCUUGCUGAAUAUUUUCAACGCUCAUCUAUUAAUUUCCCUUCGAAAGGUGUGCAACAAACCGAUGUCCUAUCUAUGAUUUUGAUAAAAGGGCGCAUGGCCUUGCGAUCCUGCAGCUCUAUAGCCGAGUUGAGCAAACUGUUGCUUUCUGACGAUGUUUGUCAAUAUUUUCUGAAUAGCCAACUGAGUACACUUGAUUUGACGAACCCAUAUUCGCUUGCCAUUUCUGCAGCAACCCUUGCGAUAAAUUUCCACAUCUUAAAAGCGGAGGUUUUCAAAAUUACUGCCUUUAACACAAUCAACGGCCUGUUAAAGCUCGAGUCUCUAAAGUAUUUGUCCAAUAGGUGCACGGAGUUUCUUAAUUCUCGGUCAUCUUUUGAUGAUUUUUUGUUUUUCCACAGUUUUGUUGUAGCCUAUCCGUCGUUAAGAAAUGAUUUUUGGAAUUCAAAUUCUUUUUGCUCGAUGUUUGCGAAAGAAGUCUCCAUGCUAAUUCGUUCAGUGCCGCUUUUUCUUGUUUUUGAUACCAUGUCUUUGCUUGACAUUCCAAUUGAUGAUAAUAUGUCACUUCUUAUUUCCUAUUGGAUUCAAUCUUCUAAAGAAUCGAUUGGCAUGCCCUUAACGGCUGACGCCGCUCUUACUUUAGAUAUACACUCGCCCCUGUCUCCACUGCCUGUUUGGAUUACUUUACCAUUGAGACUUGACAAAAAUAUUGUGUAUGACAUGAAUUUAUUUUCUUCAAUUUAUUAUGGGCAGAAGGGUCUUGGAAGUUUAGAAGCCCUCGCUUAUGCUUCUAUGUCUAGAUUUGAUACGCGAAAUUGUUCUUUAAGUUCCGAUAGUCGGCUUCCCUCUUUCCCGGUCCAUCUUACUUAUACCGCUCAAAAGCUAAUUUACAAUAUUGUCUUUGAUGCAGAAACUGAUUCAAAAAUUUCCAUGCAACAUGUCACUUCCUUAUCUAGAAAGCCUAGCGCUGCUAAUUUCUAUUCUUUAUUUGAAAAUCUCACUUCAAACUUUGAAUCGCCCAUUUCAGCGCUCAAGCACAUUGAUACAUUCCCAUUGGACCCAAAUGCGCUUCAAAGGAACCGCUUCAAGGAUGCAUCAAAGAUUUACAAUAGGACCGAAGCUUAUUUUAUUCCUUCAUUAUAUUUGGAACAAAAUGGUACUAUUCAUGCACAAAAUGAUUCGGAAUCCAUUUUUUCUACCAUAAAAAGUAGCUGUAAAACUGGAAUUCAGCCGUUGGAUUAUGUUAAUGCUAGCUCUGUGCAGAGAUCCUUUGCAAUGCAUGGAAUAAUGAUGGCUAAGAUGGUCGAUAAAAUACUGCCUGGACUGUUCUCCAAAAUUGAGGAGACCUUGUGUAAAGAAACCGGCUCCUUUUGCAGAGAUGUUGAAACUUUUCGUUUUUUGGUGCUUUGA